AUGGGCCCGGCCUAUUGCGCUCUCGACAUGACAUCAAUCUUAUCGCGAUCGCGUAGAGCGUUUGUACGACCUCAGUCACUGUAUCAAGGUGUGCGAUCAACAAGAGUGGAAGUUCGGUGGUUGGAGUACCGCACAUUUUGCAACACAUCAUCGCGCCAGGCGGCGGAGAGCUCACCGUUUGUACGCUAUCAACAGCAACAUGAACCGCCAACAGACUAUGGACAUGGGAAUUAUCAAGAAUCCCAGCAAUCAGGAUGGACAGGAGGAGGGCAAUAUCAACCCCCGGGUGGAAUCAAAAUUCGCAUCAUUCGACCUGCUCUCUUCACUUUGGGACUCUCCAUUACAUUCGUGGCGGCAUUUGCAUUUUUCAAAGCAAAACAAGAGCUCAAACCCGUACGGAGGACGCUUUCAAGCUUUUUACCUCAAAUUCCGUCACGCCGUACCACAGCGCCUGGUCCUAUCGAGCUAGUUGAAGACUCAUGGAAGCAGCUGAGUCCUCUCUCAAAAUUGAGCUACGGCAUUAUUGGGUUUAAUUCUUCCAUCCACCUCGCAAGCUACCUAUUUCCAAAGACUUGGAUGUCGCUCUGGCACAUUCCGUCUCUUAACCGCAACUCAACCCUCCUCACAUCAGCGUUUGUUCACAGCGGUCUCUUUCAUUUAGGCUUCAACAUGUGGGCAUGCUCCAAUUUCGUACCCGCAGUCGGUUAUUCCCCGCUCUUCCGCGGCGACCAACCUAGCAUUUGCGCGUUCAUUCUGUCCACUGCCCUUCUCACAGGGUUCUCCCAACAUGUAGCAAGUGCUGUUUUCCAGCGCGGAACCAUGAAAACUGUUCCCUGCGGGGGACUCAGUGGAGCACUUUUCGCACUCUUUGGCGCUUAUUGCAUGGAACGUCCUACAGCUCACGUUGGCAUUGUAUUCAUUCCUUUGGAGCUCGAAGCCCAGUAUUUCUUGCCUUCCAUCAUGCUGUUUGAUCUCGUUGGUAUGGUCAGGGGGUUUCAAUUCGUCAACUUGGGCCACGCGGCACACUUGAGCGGGGCUCUUUUGGGAAUUGCAUAUUCCUAUUUCGAUGGUUAUAGAAAUGUUUGGAGACCUGCCGUUGACACUUGGAAGCGGAUCUUGCUGAAACAGAGAAAAGCCUGA